AUGUUAGUAGUGAAUUUGCUGCGUAAGGGAUUCAAAAUGGCGAAGGUGACACCUAACCCUGCAAAGGCUGCGCUGAGGACUGAAAUAGCGGCACGCAUCGCCGCUCUCACCACCGAAGAGAAGAAGCGACAAUCCGAAAUUGUAUACGAAAAGGUCAUCAACCACCCCUGGUACAAGUCAGCGAAUCGAAUUUCUUUAUACAUGAGCACAGACCAAGAGAUCAACACAGCGCCGAUCAUCAGUCACAUCAAAGCUCGUGGGGGUUCAGCAUUCGUGCCUCAGUACGCUGGUGGAAUAAUGAGGAUGCUUAAGUUAGAGGACGAAGAUGAGAAUGCCAUGCCUUUGACUAGACAUGGGAUAGCGCAACAUUCCAAGGAUCAAAUUAGAGAAGAUGCUGUGGAGUCAGGAGGAUUAGACCUGGUUAUUGCUCCAGGGGUGGCAUUCGCGAAGACUGGCGAGAGAUGCGGUCACGGUGGCGGUUAUUAUGACCAGUUCAUCUCCAACCUACGUAGUAAUCCACAAACUGCACCGAAGGUGAUUGCGGUAGCAUUUGAUUGCCAGGUAGUCGACCAUGUACCAACAAAUGAGCAAGAUCAAAAAGUAGAUGCAGUCUUAUUUGCCGAAUGA